CUAUGACGUAUAAAUUUUCGCGUAUAUACUACAUGUAUAUAUAUUUAUAUAUAAUCGAGUGACAUACUAUUAUAGAUGAAAUCAAGGUUCCUGCAUUCUGCAAAAAUUAGUCACGCUAUCAUCGAUGCACUCCACUCGCGGCAAACAACAUAAUCGCCUUCAGCACAAUUGUUAUCUCGCUAAUCUACCGAGGAUAUUAUUACCUUAGAAAUAAAAUAAAAUUGUUUCAUAACGUCAUGUACAGGAUGUCGCGCAUAAGAUACAUUUGAUUAUAAAACACGAAACACGUGAUAUAAACUCAUUUUACUAGAUUCAUCGCAACCAAAUCAAUUUUUCUCUUAUUUUCUAAAAUUUUUGAAGUUGGUUUAUCAAGACGCGUUGUGAUUUAUCAAGAGAAAUUGAUUUCUCGCUGACAGAUCUCAUUUGAAUGUCACACGAUUUUAUGACAGAUCGCCCGCGCUAGUUUGACAUCCGGAAUCGAUGAAAAUCGCGCCCACCGAUUCCUCGCUGUUUGACGCUAUCUUAUCGGUAUCUCUCGGCACAUCGUGCGGGGAAAGUAAAAAGGAAGAAGAGUUGUGCGCGCCGGGCGGCUUGUGACCCUGAAGUUACGCAACGCAGAGCCAGCAGGCACAAUGAAAUCGAAGACUAGCGAGAAUCUUAUAGCGAGUGAAAGCAAGGCGGGGAUCAAGAGAGACGGUGCCGACGAUCACAAGCAAAAGCAGUUGAAAAAAGGUAAAACGUUUUGCCAAUCCUGUAAGAAGAAGUGCAGCGGGGAGGUGCUGCGCGUGCAAGACAAAUACUUUCACAUAGGGUGCUUCAAGUGCGCUCAGUGUAAUGCCAGUUUAGCACUGGGUGGAUUUUUCACGCGCGAGGGUUCCUAUUACUGCACCAAGGAUUAUCGGGAACGCUGGGGUACACGAUGUGCCGGUUGCGGAGAAUACGUGGAGGGUGACGUGGUGACAGCCGGCGAAAAGCACGCGUUUCAUCCGAAUUGUUUCCAUUGCCAGAGAUGUCGGCAACCGCUACUUGGACAAGGAACGAAAGUAUCUCUUGUUCAAGGUCAAGCGCUAUGUCACCGAUGCGUUGGUAUCCCAGUUCGCGAAGCCUCUACGCCGCUCGGUAAUAGCACUAGUACAAAAAGCGGCGGACACACCGACCCUGGAGUCUGCGCUGGUUGCGGAAACCAAUUAAGGGAAGGUCAGGCAUUGGUUGCACUCGAUCGUCAAUGGCACGUUUGGUGCUUCAAGUGUCAUAGCUGCGAUACUGUACUCCAUGGGGAAUACAUGGGAAAAGAUGGGGUGCCUUACUGCGAAAAGGAUUAUCAAAAGCAGUUCGGGGUAAAGUGCGCCUACUGCAACCGUUACAUCAGCGGCAAGGUCUUACAGGCCGGCGAUAAUCAUCAUUUCCACCCGACUUGUGCGCGCUGUACGAAAUGUGGCGAUCCGUUCGGCGACGGGGAGGAAAUGUACCUACAAGGUGCCGCCAUAUGGCACCCGCGCUGUGGUCCAGGACCUACCACCGGACCGAAUGGUAUCGUGAAUGGACACGAUGCUCACACCCCGCAGCAUCGAGAAUCGGAGAGGAUCUCCAGCAGCGCUUCGGAGAUGCAGUUUUCAUUGCGGUCACGCACGCCAAGCCUGAACGGAUCGCUGUGCAGCCCUUACAGCAGCCUCAGUCGCAAGUAUUAUCCUGCGCGAACUGGAAGUCCCGGUCUGAUCUUGAGGGAAUACGGACGACCAGUAGAAGAUGUAUCUAGGAUUUACACUUACUCCUAUUUGACUGAAACGCCCAGUCAAGGAUAUCUGAGACGACCAAUACAGCCGUAUGAUAAACCCCCAACUAGCCCGCAUUUCCAUAGACCUAGCUCAUCUCGUUCGAUAAGAAGUAGCGGUGGACGCAGCAGUAGAUCAGGAAUGAGAGCCUUGGUCGAUGCAUUGAGCGACACCAGACCUAAGUCGCCAGCAAGUCAGGUGGAUAACGACGAGCCGAUAGAAUUGGCUCAUUAUCCGGACGCCAUGAAGCCACCUCCAGGUGCUCAACCGCCAAUCGAAAGAGACGAUUUCCCCGCUCCGCCGUAUCCUUACACUGAUCCUGAGAGACGUAGACGAUGGUCCGAUACAUAUAAGGGAGUACCUGCAUCUGAUGACGAGGAUGAAGUGGACAACAAAACAACAACGUACAUCAAAGAGGCGGAGCAAAAACUGAAAAAGGAGCAGGACGAGCUGAGCAAGAUCGAUACGGGAAUAGCUAAAGUAUUCCUGCAAGAUCGCGAAAAAGAUCGAGAAAAUUUGAGACAUAGAGCUGCGAACGUUGAUCCUAGAAAUGCCUCAAGGACACCAUCUGCUGCCAGAGAACCAUCAUACCGAUUGCGUUAUGAGAGUCCCGUGGGUGCAUCACCUUCGCGAAAUAUCGACCAUGCACGUCCUUGGGAAGACGACGAUGGCUUCAGUUACAAAUCCAGUGGUCCUAGCUACAACGUUGGGAGGUCAUCGGCGCGCUCCCCGGCUCCCAGAAACUAUCCACCCCUUGGUACUCAGCGCGCCUUCACUCUUCCAAACGCCGCUAGGCACUAUCACUCGGUGAUUGUGAGCUCCCUUCGGCACAUCCCGAAGCCGGGGUACGGUCUGGCACCGCGAAGUCACACCUUCUCCUCGACCGGCGGUUCCGUGUCUGCUCUCCCUGGCGAUUAUUCGUUCAGCGGGAUGGGCGACAAGACUCACAGCACUGAUUUCUCAUCUGGCAAGUCGGACAUAUCAACAGGCAGCAUCACGGAUGUGGAUCGACGGGCAUUGAAUGAUGGUGGGAUCAUCCCAUCAUCCACCACGUAUACAGGUGGCCUAGGUUCGGUUGUUGGAGGUCACGGAGGUCAUCAUGUGAGAAGAUCGCUACCGGACAUGGGUGCUGCACCAACCGAACCACCCAAACUUUAUCCUUAUCACUUACUUGUUAUCACCAACUACAGGUUGCCAGCUGAUGUGGAUCGUUGCAAUCUCGAACGACAUCUCUCCGAUGCAGAGUUCGAAGUCAUUCUCCAGUGUUCUCGAGCGGAAUUCUACAGAAUGCCACAGUGGCGUCGCAACGAAAUCAAAAGACGUGUUCGGCUAUUUUAACUCAUUUUACACAUUUUACUUAUUAUAUACCCGCAUUGUGUCACGAUUGUGUUAUACUGUGGUACAGACUGUACAUUCCUACUGCCUGGGUAGAUGCAUCGCGGAGAAAAAAAUGUGUUCGACGACCUUGCGAGCAUCUGCCAAAUCGGUGUAUGCUUGCAAAAUAGAAGUUCUUUAGACAGGAACAGAUACAUCUUAAUACACACACAUACAUACAUGUAAUGACACAGAAUCACUGCCACUUAUUGUCAACUUUUUCUCGCAGCAAUGAAUCCAAGCAGCUUUAUCUAUGACCCGAUUUGUUUAGUGACAUAGUUAUUCUUGAAUUUUACCAUUUGGAAUUCUAUUGUGACUUAGAUUCACUUACACACAUGUUAACGCGAGUACGCAAUGACGGCUGAUAUUAAAAUAUAGACGAGAAGAUAAUCAAAUAGGGAAGAUUGCGAUUAAAGCUCUUAAUACAAUUUGCUAUUGUAAAUAAGAAGUUAAUCGAAAUAUCGAAAAGCGGCGUGAGAAAGCAGCUAGAAAAGUUUCAUAGUAACUGCAUAUUCGCUAAAUCGCAUACAUAUAUAUUAACCUUGUGGAGAUUAUGACGCAAGGGAUGCUACAAUGAUAGGAUUUAUUAUUAUUAUUAAUUUUUAACUAUACUAUUAAUAUUAUUAUUAUAUUUUACUAUGUACAACAUGAAGAGUUAAAAGUAUAAGUAGGGUGAGCCCAGCUUGCUGAAUGGUACGAAUACGCUGAUUAAUCGAAUAAUUUGUGUGUGAAUUUGUCGCGUUUUAAUUUACUCUGUGGCAAGGAUUACUUUAUAGAAUCGCUUGCGGUAUUUUUUGUGUGAGGAGAUAUAUCAAUGUUUUUAAUUAUCCUUGAAUGUAAUAACUAAAGUAAACACUCUGCGAUGCAGAUUGCGAUAGACUACGAUCAUUAGAUCACUCUACAUUAGAGUAUAAAUAUGAAAAUCAGGACCAAAUUUAUAGUCGUGGUGGAUCCAACAUAGUCAAACCAUCAAAAGACUUGUCAUUAAAUCAGAAUGUAUGUUUUAUUACAUUUUACCAAUAUAUAGCAUUCAUAUUGCUACAUAUUGCCACAUUUAAAUUUAUAGCAUUUCUCACAUUUUAAAAAUGGCAUAAAUCAAAUUUUGAAAAUGUUUAUGUCGAUUUAUCUAUUAAAAAUAUAAAAACUGGUAAUCGAUUUUUAAUAAUCAUAUAUUUAAUAUUUAUAUAAUAAAGCGUUUAUUUUAUAUACAACGUUUAUUAAUAUUUAUAUAAUAAAGCAUUUAUUUUAUAUACAACGUUUAUGUGAUCAAAAAAUAAAUUCACAACAGAUUUUUAUAUUUUACAUUCAGAAAGAGAAAUGCAUUUUGUACACAAGUCAUUCUUAUCAUAUUUCGAGUUUAUUCUAUUUCAAAAGUUGUUUUAUGCUACUUACGAAAUAUAAAGACAAUAUUCAGAUGUUAUCGAUAUGUAUUACUGAUUAAAAUAUUAAUUUUGUAGAUAUUACGGCAUUCACAUCCUCCACCCUUAAAUUAGGUCCUGCACAGAAUAAAAAAAAUUUUGAAGGAAUAGAUCGCAUGUAGCAAGCUGAAUAUACCGGACGUAUGCGCGUUCAUUAAAUAGAAAACUAAUUUAUUCAACGCGAAUAAAGUUGAAUUUUCAUAUAAUUAAAAAAUACACGACGUAUCGACUAUUACGCCAACCAUGUAUGAUUAUCAUACAUGUGUUUAUUAUGUAUUGCAGAUACGCAUGCGUCCGAUAAGGUUGAUAUAUUCGUUUAAACGAAGUCACCGAACUACUGUAUUGUCGACGCGCAUGCGAUAUUUUAUCGAAUUAACUGCGUUUUACUAUACAUACACACACUUCGCCUCCUUACCCUACAUCAUGUGCCUACUAAGCAAAUGUCAUGGGACAUUUCACGCGAGAGAGGAAUCGUUAGUCUUACAAGCGUUCUAAGCACGCUACAUUUGUGUAAUACUUAAAUUCCUACCGAGACAACACGAUCCCGAUCAGCCGUCCGGCAAUAUGUUCCGAUUUUUCACUUGGUGACAAUCUUUUAGACGUAUCUCAAACCAUUGUGUUGCUUGGAUAACCGCUUUAUCACAAAGAAGGUCCAACGUGCUCCAUGAUCGCAAACAUGCAAUUACUUCAUUAUUUUUAGUUAUUUAAGAUUUACAUUAUUGCAAUUUUUUUUAUGAAUGUGUUUUACUCGCGUAAUACAUUCACGUGAUUGUCUUUUUUAUUUUAUUUUCAUUAUAAUCUAAAUGAUCCUCGCGGCCGGUUUUGGUGAUUUUUUUUUCAUGUGUCCGGUAUUCUUGAUCAUGGUGUAGCAUUAUUGUUCCCACUGUGCAAUGCGAACCAAUGUAUGUUUCUGUUGUAUAGAGCACAUUGCUUCCGCUAGUCCCUAAAGUUAAAUAAAUGCAAACGUAUAUAAAAAA